AUGCCAAAUAACUCCACGGAAGGGCAACAAAUUUCUGACGCGUUGAAUCAGCUAAGUUCGGCUCAAAAAGUGAUCCUUGAUUUACUACAAAAGCAGCACCAAGAUCGAUCCAGUAACGUGUCCGAAGUUUACAACCUCAUCGAUCCAAAGAAUAGCAUGGAGCAGCGUGUACAGGAUGGAAUUUACAGCACGAUCGUCGAUUCAUGUAUCGAAUCAGUUGAACGCCUGUCGGCACGAGUCGAUCAGAAUAAGCCCUAUGCCAGCACUUGGGGCUCUUGCCAAAAGUACGAAAUACUGCUUGCCGAGCAAGCGAUCGUGCGAUCGACUUCAAUUCACUUUGAUCGGUGCGAAGCCAACCGGACAGCAUCAUUUAUCAUGAACUCGAUCUGGAAUAGCAAAGGCGGCAGCCGCAAGAGAAUUGCUCAAAUGCAAGACAACAGUCAGAUCCACGUGUAG